AUGGCCUCAUUCAUUAGAGCAAAAACAACACACCUGUUGCUAAGCCUCCUCCUCUUCGCACCCUUCAUCAACGCCCAAGACACCUCUCCCAACGGCCCAACCUUCCCCAACAUCGCAUCCAACUGCAACGCCUACCACACCGUCGUCGACACUGACGGCUGCGCGUCCAUCGCAGCCACCUACGGCAUCACCCUCGCCGAGUUCUACGCAUGGAACCCCGACAUCUCCAACGACUGCGGUACCAACUUCUGGACCGGCUACGCUUACUGCGUCGGCGUAGGCCCGGCCGCGCCGAGUAGCGUGACGUAUACCCCUCCGCCGGAUACCACGUGCGCUUGUGAGACGAGCACCACCACGGGUACGACGAAGACAGGCACCAAGACAGAGACGGAGACGGUUACCUCGACAGAGACUACGGCUAGUGCGAGCAGUAAUACAGAUCCGUACAGCACGCUGCAUCCGAUCACGAAUUACACGCUGACGGCGACGUCGACGGAGUUGGCGUUUCCGCCGACGAAAACGCAGGCGGGCCAGCCGGAGAAUUGUGAUGAUUGGCAGUUGGCUACGGCGUGGGAUACGUGUGAGAGUAUUGUGUCUAGUAACUCGUGGUUGACGUUGAGCAAUCUCCUUGCCUGGAAUCCCGCUCUGCACUCUGAUUGUUCUGGGCUGUACGAUGGCUGGUGGCUGUGCAUCAGCGUCCGGCCGUCGUCCAACAUCGACAUCGGGUGGACGACAACGGAAGGCAGCGUGGACAUCCCGACCAUCACGGCCAACUACACGCCCACCACCUUCCCAGCCAUCGAUCCCAGCUUUACUGCUUCCCCGACCCAACCUGGGAUUGUCAGCGGGUGUCUGUCCUACUACCAGGCGAAGGAUGGCGACACCUGCCACAACAUAGUAGACGGCACCAUCCUAACCGAAGCCGAUUUCUUCGCCUGGAACCCGGCCCUCAACAACGUCUGCACCGGUCUCUGGGUCAACUACUGGUACUGCGUCGCCGGUCCCUCGGGCUACGCCAUAACUGCCUUCCCCCCCACAGUCGCCUCACCCACCCUUCCGGCCCCGACCCCUCCAAACCAGAUAGCAACCUGCAAGAAAUGGUACCAGCGCGACGGUGAAUCGUGUGCCGAGAUCGCAGCCAUGUUUGGGACGUUCUCGGAGGCGGAUUUUAAGGGGUGGAAUGUGAAUGUGGGCAGUGGGUGUACGAAUUUGGUGGAUGGGUGGUGGUAUUGUGUGGGGGUGCCGGGGACGCCGACGACGAGGUCGGAGCCCGUGCAGACAACGGAGGUGCCGGAUGGGACGCCGACGUUGGAGGGGAUGACGGGGGAGUGUGCGAAGUUGUGGUUUGUGGGGGGGAGCGACACCUGCCAGUCGAUCGAGCUGGCCAACGGAAUCACCGAAGCCGACUUUUUGCAGUGGAACCCGGCGCUUGCGGGUACUACGACAACUUGUAAGCUGGUACGGGACUACUACGUCUGUGUAUCCAUCGACGGGCCGCCGGUGACGAUCUCAACUGUAUCCACCUCGAAGACAUCACAGACUAGGACUAGCACGAGCACCAGCACUACUUCACCACCGGGAACGGGAACCACGACAACAACAAAAACAACGACCGCAGUGACGACGACAACGUCUGGUGGAAGUGGACCUAUCACGACGCCUACUCCGAUUCGAGACGGCAUGACAUCAAGCUGUCACCGGUUCUACUAUGCCCAGGACGGUGACGGGUGUUGGGCCAUUGCUAACGCAGCCGGGAUUGAUCUCAAGUAA